CGUAGAAUAAGUCGAAUUUUUUGAAUGAUGUUGUAGUUUGAAGAAUCGGAUGAAACUAAUUUCACAAUGUUAAAAUGUAACAUGAUUUUUAUUAGAUUUACCGGCCAUACUUGUUCCUACAUGUACCAUUGGUGGGACAUUUCUCCUAUGUUUUUGUCUGCCUGUUGCUUGUUGUAUUUUCAUUAAACGACAUCCACGGUUUUCUACUGUUAUUAGGAGGAGUCAAAGAGUAGUAUAUCCAAAUGGACAACAAUCUAGAGGAGAAUCAACAGUACUUUUUGAUGUUCAAUCUAAUUAUAAUUCCAAUACUUCAACUCCAUUUUCACCAAAUUCUGAUAGACCUGAAGCACCACCACCACCUUAUGAAGCUGCAAUUACUAAUUCUCUAUUCCAAUGUCCAUCAGAACCGCCACCACCACCAUAUGAAAUAGCAACGAUUGAACAGACGAUAAUAUAA